UGAUGGUGCUGCUGCUGCGAUGGUCGUACAGUGAUGAUGUUUCUCGUUUUACGAUAGAAGAAAAUACGCGAUGAUGUACCCACCACGCGUAACGUGCAGUAUCGAUCGAACGCGCGCGCGAGAGAGAGAAACAGAGAAAGAGAGUAGUUGAGCGUAAUAAUAAUGGCAUUGCUCACCCUGGUGGCAGUCGGUCGUGCGCGCGGUCUGAAAACAGUGUAAUCCUGGAGAUACGGGCGAUGAUCCCGGGUCCUUAUUGUCUAAGAUACAUGAAACGAGAGAUAAGCUCCGAGGAAUAAGAAAAAAAGGACGGGUCUAACAAACAGAACAAAUCGUUAUUUUCCGAAUAAAAAAAGUGAGUGUCCAGUGAAAUGUUUUGCGAAGUGAAAGAAAACGACCGGUUGUACGUCGAAAUCGCGUUGUCCUCGAGGAUCGCACGUCCUGGAUACAAAAGUAUUCGUACGUCAACUCGAACCCGGGGAUAUAAUGAACGCGAGUUUUUCUCGACGUAAUCGUACACGGAGAUAUUGUUAUUACAGUGUCUACAAGGUGAUGGGUAAGAUUACGUGCGACGACAGUGUUGCGGAGAAAUAUGACGAAAACAUAGACUUCAAUACGAGAAAACGGACGGACAGACGAAUUUUACUGUCAAAUAUAUCUAUUAAUUAUAACGACAGUAACAAAAGAGCUUGAAAAGGGAUAGGUUGUGUGUAAAGUGGAAAAAAUAACGAGAAUCACGACGAUGCUGCAUGGAAGUGCGAUGGGGAUUCAUCGUUGUUUACGCUGUGCGCGUAAAUACGAGAAAAACAUUUAUUCAACAGUCGGUGAUUUUGUCAAUGUUUAACACUUCGAGGAGCUUUAUUAAUUAUGUUUUCAUCACCGGCGUCGGUUGUGGGCGAGCCGUCAGGCUACAACUUUGAGAAAGAGGAGAACGCCGCCAAGUGGAAGGGAGUGUUUGUCAACUCUUUGCGCAAGGUGCUGGGGCAAGUACAUCCAAGUCUUGAAGCUCGUCAGGAUGCCCUGGACUAUGUCGAGAGUUUAAUAUUAAGAAUGCUGGGCAUGCUGUGCGGUGAUCCACCGCCGCACACACCUCAAGAUGUCGAGGAAAGAGUGAAGCACACAUUUCCUACUGCCAUCUACGAGUGGGCCCUAAAAGAUGCCAAGGAUGCCUUAGAAAAGGGAAAGAAAAAAUCAUCACUCGUACUUCCCGUUGAUAAGAUUCAUCAGCUAUUGCAAAAAGAAGUAUUGCAACACAAAAUUGACACCCAAGUCAGUUUAUUUGUUGUUGGAGUUCUCGAAUGCAUUUCUGCAGAUAUUUUAAAGUUAGCUGGAAAUUAUGUCAAGAACAUACGCCACGUUGAGAUAUCCUGCGAAGAUAUAAGAGUUGCGAUGUAUGCAGACACGGCACUGAUGGAUGUCUUCUACCAAGAUGACUGCACGGAAGGACCUCAGAGUAGUUUGGGAGCCGUGGUUUCGCAGACCUACGAGGAAUCGGUUCGCGAUCUCAUACACGACGAACGACAUUAUCUUCGAGAUCUUCACAUGAUUAUAAAAGUUUUUAGGGAAGAAAUCGCUAAACUAGCACCCGAUCGAAGUGAGCUCGAGAGUUUAUUCAGCAACAUAAUGGACAUUUAUGAAGUUACGGUAACGUUGCUAGGUAGCCUCGAAGACAUAAUGGAAAUAACGGAGGAAAAGCAGACGCCAACAGUGGGCUCGUGUUUCGAGGAGUUAGCCGAAGCCGCGGAAUUCGACGUGUACAUAAAAUACGCGAGAGACAUUAAUAGUCCUGCUAGUCGAGAAGUUUUGACGAGGUUAUUAUCCAGGCCCGAAGCCAGUGCUGCACUCCGAGCGGCUGGUCACGGUUUCAGAGAAGCAGUCAAAUAUUAUUUACCGAAACUUUUACUUCAACCCGUUUGGCACUGUUUUCUCUACUUUGAUUAUAUUGAGGUAUUGCACAAAAGGACGCCAAAUACGGAGGAUGGUGAAUCCUUGGAACAAGUCCAAGGUGUACUGACCCCACUGCAAAUGGAACUAGUAAAAUCAAUGGCAAAUCUUCCGAAAAAAGACACAGGCUUGAGAAUGCAAAGCCGCGCGCGACGUCACGCGGCUCUUGAGAAAACGAGUGAGCUGCAAAAAACCGUCGAUGGUUGGGACCAAAGAGACAUUGGCCAGUGUUGUAACGAAUUCAUAAGAGAGGACAUGCUGGGAAAAGUAGGUAGCAACGGUCGCAGAUUGACGGAAAGGCGAGCUCUUCUUUUCGAUGGUUUGCUUGUACUUUGCAAGCCGAGUGGUAGCAAAAGAGUGAGCGUGAGUGUAGCAGCGGUCGGCGUUGGUGGAAGCCAUCCGGCACAUCAGGGUGAACUCCGACUGAAGGAACGAUUUUUCAUAAGAAAAGUUGAUAUCAUUGAUCGCGAGGACACCGAAGAAUUGAAAAAUGCUUUUGAAAUUGCUCCACGCGAUCACCCGAGUGUCACACUUGUGGCCAAAUCCGUCGAGGAUAAAAACAGUUGGAUGGCCGAUCUCGUGAUGUUGAACACAAAGAGUAUGCUCGAAAGAACCCUCGACAGCAUAUUACUUGAUGAAGAGAGAAAACAUCCUUUAAGAUUGCCGCCACCACAUUUGUACAAAUUUGCUGAACAAGAUUGUCCGGAGAAUUUGGUACUUGAAGCUCGUGAAAACGGCGGUGUUCCAUUGAUAAAAGGUGCAACGUUGGUCAAACUCGUCGAGAGGUUGACUUACCACAUUUACGCCGAUCCGGCGUUUGUACGAACAUUCCUUACUACUUAUAGGAGUUUUUGCUCACCUCAGGAAUUGCUGACGUUGCUUAUCGAUCGAUUUGACAUCCCUGAUCCAUCGCUGGUUUAUGGCGAUGAAGAAAAACCUUCCGGCUGUAAAGCAACAGCUCGGGAAGACUGGAAAAGAUACAGAAAGGAAUUCUGUCAGCCUGUACAAUUUCGAGUUUUGAAUGUAUUAAGGCAUUGGGUCGACCAUCAUUUCUAUGAUUUCGAACGCGACAGAAAUCUUCUCGAUAGGCUACAAUUGUUCUUGGACACUGUGAACGGUAAAUCAAUGAGAAAAUGGGUGGAUUCGGUUAUAAAGAUUGUGCAAAGAAAAUGCGAGCCGUCCGAGCAGAGGCCGAUAACAUUUAGUUUCGAAAGAUCUCCGCCACCAAUCGAGUGGCAUCUCAAAGUUCCUGAAGAAGAAUGGGGAAUACUUACGCUACAUCCCAUCGAAUUCGCAAGGCAGUUGACCUUAUUAGAAUUCGAACUGUACAGAACGGUUAAACCUUCCGAAUUAGUGGAACCCAAAAAAGACAAAGAAUUAACAUCACCAAAUUUACUAAAAAUGAUCAAGCACACAACAAACUUUACAAGGUGGCUAGAAAAAACGAUAGUAGAAGCCGAGAAUCUUGACGAGAGGGUAGCCAUCGUUUCCCGUGCUAUUGAGAUUAUGAUGGUCCUCCAAGACUUGAACAAUUUCAACGGCGUCAUAGCCAUCAGCAGUGCCAUGGGAUCUGCUUCAGUUUAUAGAUUGAAAUUCACGUUUCAACAAAUUCCUGCGCGAUUGGAGAAAUCUCUGGAAGAAGCACGAGAACUGCACAACGAUCAUUUCCGAAAAUACCAAGAAAAAUUGCGCUCAAUCAAUCCACCUUGCGUACCAUUUUUUGGCAUGUACCUGACCAAUAUACUUCACAUCGAGGAGGGCAACAAGGACUAUUUGUUGGAUAGUCCAGAACUAAUAAACUUCAGCAAACGACGAAAAGUUGCUGAAAUAAUCGGAGAAAUUCAACAGUACCAAAACCAGCCUUACUGCUUAUCGGUUGAGACGAGAAUAAGGCACUUUAUUGAAAAUUUGUCACCGUUCGACCCUAACAUGACCGAUACCGAAAUUGGAAAUUAUCUAUUUCACAAGAGUCUUGAAGUUGAGCCGAGAGGUUGCAGGCAAUUACCGCGAGUGCCGCGAAGGUGGCCGGAUCUGAAUCUUAAAUCACCGGGUAUAAAAGCCCGCAGUUUGAGCGGAAAAUUACCGGCUCCUUUGCAAGCUGUAGCUUCGAGCGUCCGGCUUCACGAUCCAGCUCCAGAAGGGCCCCCACCACCGGACUUACCAGAAACUCCUCCGCACACUUCUCACGCGUCGUCGACCCACAAAGGCGAUCAUAGCGUAUUUGCUCCUGUUCUUUUAGGAGGAACAGGCCCACCCCCAGGUUCUCCAGGACCUUUGAGUAUGUCAGGGCUUUCCCUGGGAUCGCCCAGCAGCAGUCCACAACUCGGUUCCCCCGGUCACAUGCCCACUCUGCACCAUCAACCCCAAACGAUAACACAUUUUGGAUUUAAUUCCAGUACCAUCGGUGUAAUGGGGGCGCUCACCGGCUUACCAUCGUCCAGUGGAAGUCCUGGCGCAUCGUUGCCACUACCGCCUUCACCCAGUCAUGUGCCUCCGAAUCAACCACCGCCACCGCUGCCACCUCGGUCCCACAGAAGGCGCGAAAGUUCCAUUAGCGAGUCGCCCCAACAAGCUCGGCAAGCACCGAACGCUCCAAUUCUUCCGCCCCGCGAAGGAACAUCUCCUCCGCCGUUACCACCAAGAAGAGACGUACCAGUGAGCCUUCCACCGCGACUUCCAGCCACUCUGAAUCCCAGCAACUCAGCAUUGUUGGCACGGCGAAAUUCCAAUCUCGAGAGUUCCGCCUCUAGCACAACGCAUCCCCGUAGAUAUAUGUCUUUCAAUGGACCAAGUCCUACGAAGCUUCCACCGAACCAACCAAACGGCUCUGUGACACCAAAAUUACCGCCGAAACCGCAGUCAGGAAGACCGACGACUACCAUGUUUAAUUUCAAUGCUCCACCCGGUCCCAGCUAAGCCUCCGCUACUUUCUACCCUUAAAUAGAAACGACUCCUCCGCUGUUCGACAAAAAAGAGAAAAAACAAAAAGAAUUUGAAAAAUUAGUGGGAUAAGAUCGAUGGCGUAGUUCAUUCGUCCAAAAGCCAGCCAAAUGACUCCGGAGGGAAACCGUGAGUAGCUCGAUACUGCGAAUGAACGAUACAUAUGUAAAUACAUUGUUUCGGAGGACAGUUUCCCCUUAGCGAGAAACGUUGUAUCUUCUAGCCUAAGUCAAGCAAAUUUGCUGAAAAAAUCGUACUUUUUGACGUCGAGUUGUGCUCCAAAGUGUAAAUAUGUACGACGACGAAAAGUUUCAAAGUUUCGACGACCGAGAUCCAACCGAAGAAUUUAUAGACGAGGGAACGUUCGGAAAAAGUUUAUCACCGUCACAUUCCCCCAAGACAACUCCGCCAGUUUGAUCACGUCCCACACGGGACUCAGGCUCGCGGUUAUAUUUUUUUUUUUGUCAGUCAGAAUAAUGGGAGACGGAAAGAAACUAUUAAUUUUCUUUCCCGUAACGAUGACGACUGUUGUUGAAUUGUAAAAUAUAUUUUUUUAGAUAUUUUUCGAAUAACCAGUAGAAUUCGAAGCACGAUAGUUUUAAGUAGUUGAACACUAUCGUUCCGCAAACAACAGCUGUGAAUAAUUAUUCCAAGAACAUUAAACUGAUCAUUGAAAACGAAAGAGUUGGUGAAUAAUCAACUGUUCAAAAUGUACCCCUCUGAAUAUUGACAAAAAUACGAAAUGACGAAUUUUCGUGGCACUAAUCAAUUCGGGUCUGUCGAAGAAUUUUUUUUUAACCUGUACCUUAAUCAUAAAUGUUCUAACUGAAACCGUGCACAGUCGACACAGAACGGAUCUAAAAAUAUUUUAAGGGGUUUGCCCCACAUAACGAAUCAUAAAAUACGAAUAUAAGAUUGAACUAGCAGGGUGCACGAUGAGUUAUUUACAUUGACGAGAGCUCAUCGUUUGAAUCAUGGAAAUACUGAAAAAAAAAUCAUAUAUUUUUUAAGUAGAAAACCGAGCGACGUGAUUCGAACAUUUCACUAUGAUUUUACUUUCCACUAGAUCCAUUAAUCUUACUUUUUUGACGACACCAUUUUAUCAUGAAUUUAUUACGAAUAAGGAGAGAUCAAAUUUUGUUUUACUCGGUGCGAUUUUUACAAACGUGGACGUAAAUAAUUAUUUUCAAUCAAAUUACCACUCGAUCCCAUUCGAACUUUAUCUCUCCAUCGAAUAACUGCAAUAAUCCGCCAAAAAUGAGUUCUUUCAUCAUUGCUGUCAGCUCGUUCGAGCCACAAACUUCACAUUUAGUAAAAUAUGCACAGAUUUAAAUCAACUGUCUUCUCGAAUUUUCUUGCUGUCCUUCUCCACGAUCAACCGGUGUGUGAGCAAAGUGCCGAUAAUAAUAGCGAUAAAUUUAUUUUUUGUGCAUUACAAUAUAUCGAAAUCCAUUGGUCCGAAGAGAGACACGAUGGAUUUUUAAGACGAGACGUCCAUCAUGGAAACCGGCCGCAGACAGAUUUACAAGUCUCACACUGACAGUUCAAGUGUAUGUUAAACCGCGAGCAACGACGAAUUCAUCAAUGUAUGAGAUAACUACCCUGUAAGAAAGGCCAACGAAAAAUACCAGUAGAAAAACGAAAACGUCCAUGAAUCAAUAAGACCCCUUAAUUGAUAGUAUUUUCGAACCGAUCAUACAACCUCGAUUUUUGCCAAGAAUCGAUACGCGAUAAAAACAAAAAGUAGCCAACAUAUUUUCGCAUGAAAAUUCAAUCUUAUCUGGAAUGAACUCGAUCUCUGACGUUUCUGGUUGUCACAACUCACUCGUUUUUUACCUUUGUUUUUUCUUUGUUUCACGAUUUUCCCUUUUAUCCCAACUCCCAACACAACUGUGAUACACUUUGAAUGUGAGUAUGCAUGCGAAAUGAAAAAAAAAGAAUACAAACGAAAAGAGUUUCUUGGUUUUAAACAAUUGAUGAUAAAGAUAACGCGAUGGUGAUAGAGAUAAAAAAAAUGCGUUUUUGAUGAUGGAAACAAUCAUGAUCAUGAUGAUGCUAUUAUGAUAAUGAACAUUACAAUUAUUGCGCGAUGUGUUCGCGAUUAUUAUGAUGAACGAUAAGAAUAAUGUUGAUAAUGACAGUAAUCGCGACUAGGACUAUGACAAUGACCUUGACAACAACGAUUAUGAUUUAUUACAAUGAUUAUGACCAUGAUGUUUCAGUUUAACUCAUACGAUAAUAAAUAACUCGCUGUGACGAACGAAUUGCAGUUGAAUACGACUAUUAUCAUUAUACAUAUAUUAUAAAUGGAAUCAAUAGAGGAGGAACGAAUGAAUUUAUGUACAUCAUGUAUAUUAUUAUAAAUAUAUUCUAUCGAAUUAGUUAUUGUAAUGUCGUGUCACCGACAACGGUCACGGCGAGGUAGGGUAUUGAAAAAUUAUGUAAAAUAAAAAGUAUAUUGUGUAGUA